AUGACUCUGUGUGCAUUGUCAAAUGUAGAUUUGUCAUAUUCUACCAGUGAAAGUUGUUUGCAUAAGGAAUUUUCAAACUUCGGGCAUGUAGCUGAAGUUAGGCUUGUCAAGGAUGAAGCCACGAAAAGGUCAAAAGGUUAUGCUUUUAUUCAAUAUACUUCUCAAGAUAAUGCCUUGCAAGCUAUAGAAAACAUGGAUCAAAAGCAUUUUGAUGGCCGGGUAAUACAUGUAGAACUUGCAAAGCUUGGGAAGAAUGUAUAUGGUGGAUACCCAAAAACCUCAGGACCACCUAAAGAGCAGAAUUUGCCGAGACAAGAUGAGGCAAAUGAGUGA